CCUCCCGGAUCAGAUGAGAUUAGGGAAUGUGUUAAGGAGCUCUUUGGGGGGGGGAAGGCAGAGCCUGAGGAGAGGAGGAACGCAGCAGAGCAGGUGGGCGCUGCUGCAGGAGGAGAAAGCAGCAGAGAGCAGACAGGGCUGAAGCCGGGAUGAUGGAUCUGAAUGCUUCCUGCAAACGGAGGAGCGUUUAGAGUGUGAGCAGGCCAUGGCGAGCUGAUGGCAGCAUAACAGCAGCUGACGUUGGGACUAUGUGUUAAGGAGUGCCUGUUGAAUUUUUAACCACCUUGAGCCCACUGGUGUUCCUCUUCGGCUGUUAGUGGAGUUUGUUUCAGCCAUGGGGAGGAAGAAGAUUCAGAUCACCCGCAUUGUGGAUGAGAGGAACAGACAGGUGACUUUUAUGAAGAGAAAGUUUGGUCUGAUGAAGAAAGCCUACGAGCUGAGUGUUCUCUGCGACUGUGAAAUCGCCCUCAUCAUCUUCAACAGCUCCAACAAGCUGUUUCAGUACGCCAGCACCGACAUGGACAAAGUCCUGCUGAAGUACACGGAGUACAACGAACCCCACGAAAGCAGAACCAACUCUGACAUUGUAGAGGCCCUGAAUAAGAAGGAGCACAGAGGCUGCGACAGCCCGGACAAUGAGAGCACCUACGUCCUCACCCCGAGCACAGAGGAGAAAUAUAAAAAGAUUAACGAGGACUUUGACAACAUGAUGAAAAGUCAUAAAAUAUCCACAGGUCAGCCGCAGCAGCAUUUCAUGCAAGCAGCGCUAGGCAGCACAAACUAUUGUCACGGUGCAGCCGGAGGAGGAGGAGUGACUUCCCAGGUUCUGUCCGACAGCGGGAUCCUCUGCUCCCCUCACACACAUCCUCAAAGGCACACAAACUCCUCACAAAGACCUCCCAGCACCGGAAACUCAGGUGGCCUGCAGGCCAGUUCAGAUCUGGCUCUACACAACGGAUCUGGAGCAGCUGUGAAUGGAUUCAUGGGGUCCAGUGAUGGAAGCAGCAUUUUGGGGAAGAUCGGACCAACAAAGUCUCCUCCUUCUCUUCCACAUCAAGGGAGCAGCCUGAUCCCCAGCAGCCGCAAAACCGACCUCCGAGUGGUCAUCCCUCAUUGCAAAGGAAUGAUGCUGAAUAAUCAGCGGCUGAGCAGCAGUCAGACCACUCAGCCUCUGUCCACCCCAGUGGUCUCCAUCACCACUCCCAGUCUGGCCCAUGAGGGUCUGGGUUACUCCAGCAUCAGCUCUGCCUACAACAGCGAUUACUCCCUGAGCAGUGCAGACAUGGCCGGCUUCAGCUCGGCCGCGGGCCUGGGCUCCAUGACAGCUUGGGAGCAGCACCAGCUCAGCUCCUUGGGAUCAGCAGGCUCCAAUCUUUCUGUCCACACCAACAUCAACAUCAAAGCUGAGCCCAUCUCUCCUCCACGCGACCACCUCACCCAGCCUGGAUACCUGACCCACCUCGCCGCACCUCCUCCUCCCCCUCCUUCUUCUUCUGCCUCUUCAUCCACCCGGGCUGACUUAGGGAGGUCUCCCACCGGCAGCGUCAGCUCCUCCUGCAGCUCCCACGAGGACGGCAGCGACCGAGAGGAGCAUCAGCAGAGACGACGUCCAGACCUCCUGCUGCUCCCUGCAGGCCGGUCAGAGGGCAGGGAAAGCCCCACGGUGAAACGGAUGAGAAUGGACAGCUGGGUGACAUAAAAGACGACAUGGACAGUUU